AUGACAGAGACUGAGUCUAUUUCUGAUUAUUUUUCUCGGCUUCUCACGAAUGUGACACAACAAAAACAAAAUGGUGAAAAGAUAGAAGAUAAAAAAAUUAUUGAAAAAGUUCUACGAUCGUGUAAUAAAAAAUUCAAUCAUGUAUUACCAGCAAUUGAAGAAUCAAAGGAUAUUGAUACAUUAUCUAUAGAAGAACUCAUGGGAUCACUUCAAGUGCACAAACAACGAAUUCAGAAGAAUGAUGGACCAGCUGUACUAGAUCAAGCACUUGAAUCAAGAUUCCAAUCAAAUGAACAAAGAGGUGGAAACCGACGAGGAAAUUUCCGAGGACGAGGAGGUAGAGGUCUUGGUAACUACCAACCUCGCAAUCAAAAUAAUGAGAGAAGUUUUGGCCGUGGAAGAGGCAAGCAAAAGGAUCAGGGAAAUCAUUUAAAUUUCGCUGAAUCAUCCCAAAAUAAUGAGGAAAGUCCUGCAUUGUUACUAGCACAAGAAGAGGCUAGUAAUCAACAAGACAUGUGGUUUUUCGAUUCUGGUGCGAGUAACCACAUGUGUGGUAGAAGAGAAUAUUUUAUUGACCUUGAUGAGAAUGCACAAGGUAAUGUAAGUUUGGGAGAUUCAUCCAAACUACAAGUUGAAGGUAAAGGAAAAAUACGAAUAUUUCAAGCAAAUGGAAAUGAAAAAUUUAUUUCUAAUGUUUACUACGUUCCUGAUAUGAAAAGCAACAUCCUUAGUAUUGGGCGACUUUUGGAAAAGGGAUAUAUUGUUCAUAUGGAAGGUAAUAAUCUUCAACUUAAAGAUAAAAGUGGAAGACUUAUUGCUCAAUAA